CUCUGUCAAAAAUAGCAGAAGAAGAGUAAGCGGCGAACACUUAAGGGCGCCAAACUCUAAAAAAUAUGUAAAUGUUUAUAUAUAACAUAUAAAAACAUAUGUCGUUUGUGUUUACUGUUCGCUUUUUUGCACUUGUUCGAGAGCUUGACCAUUUCUGUGGAUGCUGACAACGCAAAACCAUGCCUCUGUCAACUCAGUCCCAAGCAGACAUUGACCAGUACAUUUUAAUAGCCAGCUUGGAUAACGCAAAGAAUCUGUCCAACAUCCUGAAAGCCAUCUCUUUCAGGGAGCAUGCCAUCUUCAAUGCAACACAGAAUGGAUUAAAAGUCACUGUUGAGGACUCCAAAUGCCUUCAAGCCAAUGCAUUUAUUCAGGCUGAGAUUUUUCAAGAAUACAUAAUCAAAGAAGACGCAGUUGGGUUUCAGGUUAACUUAACCGUUCUUCUGGAUUGCCUUACUAUCUUUGGGGGAAGCACAGUCCCAGGUGUGUGCACCGCCUUGAGAAUGUGCUACAGUGGCUAUGGAUAUCCACUGACGUUGUUCCUUGAGGAAGGCGGUGUGGUCACCGUAUGCAAGAUUAAAACCCUGGAGCCGGAGGAGCCCAUAGACUUUGACUUUUGCAGCACAAAUGUAACCAACAAGGUGAUUCUGCAGUCAGAGAGUCUUAAAGAAGCGUUCUCUGAGCUUGACAUGACCAGUGAGGUUCUGCAGAUUACUAUGUCACCAAGUCAUCCUUACUUCAGAUUAUCCACAUUUGGGAAUUCUGGAAAUGCUCAUUAUGAUUAUCCCAAAGACUCAGACAUGAUGGAGCUGUUCCAGUGUACUAAAAUACAGACCAACAGGUAUAAGAUGUCUCUGUUGAAACCCUCUACAAAGGCGUUGGCUCUGUCCUGUAAGGUCUCGGUGAGAACCGACAGUCGAGGAUUCCUCUCUCUACAGUAUCUUGUGAGGAAUGAUGACGGUCAGAUUUGUUUUGUGGAAUAUUAUUGCUGCCCGGAUGAAGAAGUGGAAGAAGAAUAGAUUGGAAAGAGCAACAGUUUUUGGUUUGUUGGACAUUUAGUGUGCGCUGACCUGAUUUUAAUUUAUACGAAUAUUUCAUAAACACAGAUAUUUCUAUACUUAAUUAGAAGUUUAUUAUAGUUAGAAAUGGGAAAAAACGUCUGGAAUUUGUACUGAAUUUGAGACAGUACUCUGUUUGAUCGGCAGGGGGCGUCAGAGAAACGCUAAUUAGGCUAUUACAAAUAUUAAUUAUAGAUAUUAGUUUAUGUUAAAGAUACACGUCCUAGUUCAACAUAUAUAUGUGUAUAUUUAAAUAACUAAUGAUUCAAAAACUAUUUUUGUAAUAUGAAAUAUGCCUGUAAUGGUCGGUUUACAACAAUACACAUUUGCAGUGUUCUGAAUUAAUUGA